AUGCCCAAUCCGGCGACAUGCCCCUUCCCAGGCUCCCGGCUGUGGCUGGUAUCCGUUGCUCUGAUGGUGCUGUCGAUGAUCUCAUCUUCUUCGACCUACCAGAGACUUGCACCGGGCGGCGGGGGGAAGAGAACGGGGUUCAUGGAGAGGACGCUCAUUUUGCUGGACGUCAACACCCGCAGUCCGGUUCAAGUUCUAAAUGACAACUUCCUCUCUUUACAGUUGGAUCCGUCGAUUAUAAAGGACGGGUGGCUGGACUUUCUGAGUUCCAAGCGUUUGGUAACCCUAGCCCGAGGUCUGUCCCCAGCCUAUCUGAGGUUCGGAGGAAAGAGAACUGACUUCCUCCAGUUCCACAACUUGAAGAACCUUGCCAAGUUCAGAGGCCCCGGCCCAGAUUACUACCUAAAAAACUAUGAAGAUGACAUAGUACGUAGUGACAUCGCCCUGGACAAGCAGAGGGGCUGUAAGCUGGCCAACCACCCUGACAUGAUGCUGGAGCUGCAAAGAGAGAAGGCAGCUCAGAUGCAGCUAGUCCUCCUCAAAGAACAGCUCUCCAACCUCUACAGCAACAUCACAAUAACAGCCAGGUCUUUAGACAAACUGUACAACUUUGCCGAGUGUGCUGGUCUGCAUCUGGUCCUUGGGCUCAACGCCCAGCAGAGAAACCCUGACUCCUCCUGGAACUCCUCCUCAGCACUCAGCCUCCUCAAAUACAGCGCCGGGAAGAAAUUCAACAUCUCCUGGGAACUGGGCAACGAGCCUAAUGGUUACCGUAGCAUGAUGGGUCAGACAGUGAACAGUACCCAGCUAGCCCAGGACUACACCCUGCUGAGAACGUUACUGCAGUCUGUACGCUACUAUAGCCGAGCACACCUCUUGGGCCCGAACGCUGGACGACCACGCAAAAACGCCAUUCUGCUGCUCGAUGGGUUCAUGAAGAACGCUGGUUCUGUUGUGGAUGCUGUAACGUGGCAACACUACUACAUGGAUGGCAGAGUGACCAAAGUAGAGGACUUUCUGAAGACGCGCCUGCUGGACACCCUGACCGAACAGAUCACUAAAGUACUCAAGGUAGUGAAUAGCCAUGCACCUGGUAAGAAGGUGUGGUUGGGGGGAGUAGGUCCGGCGUGGGCUGGAGGAACCAAUAACCUCUCUGAUACCUAUGCUGCUGGCUUUCUGUGGCUGAACACUCUGGGUAUGGCAGCGAUGCAGGGGGUUGAUGUUGUGCUGCGACACUCGUUCUUCGACUAUGGAUACACACACCUCGUAGACCAGCACUUUAACCCACUACCGGACUACUGGUUGUCCCUGGUGUUCAAGCGUCUGGUCGGUCCCAGGGUGUUGGCAGUGCGGGUAGCAGGCUUGCAGAGGAAACCACGACCAGGGAGGGUUAUACGAGACAAACUACGGAUCUACGCACAUUGUACCAGCUUCCACAAUCGUAACUACGUGAGAGGAUCCAUAACGAUCUAUAUCAUCAACCUGCAUCGGUCGAGGAAGAAAAUCAAGCUGGCGGGAACCUUACGUAACAUGACUGUCCAUCAGUACCUGGUACAGCCCUAUGGGACAGACGGACUACACGCCAGGUCAGUCCAGUUGAACGGAGAAAGGUUGUUGAUGGUGGACAACGAGACAUUUCCAGAGUUGAAGCCUCGGACGCUGCGGGCAGGGAGGACGAUAGCCAUGCCCCCGAUGACCAUCGGCUUCUACGUCAUCAAGAACAUCAACGCUUACGCCUGCCGCAAAUAA